AUGGAGCAGUUAUUGGAAGUUGUAUUCAGCGUCUGGGACGUGGUGACAAGCCUCUUCGAUGUGGUGAGGGAUCUCCAUCAAGAGGGGGCGGCGAACCGCCAGGAGUUAGAGGCCAAGGAUCAAGAGAUUGCAACACUCAGGGAGCAGUUGAGGGAGAAAAAUGAAGAACAUCAGCGCUUCAAAGAGCAGGUUGUUUCGAAUGUGAACUACUUAUUCCAGGCUCUCGAAAACCGAGACGCUCCCUGGGAUGCUGCCCCCGCCGAUCCCAGGCCUCCCCGCGUUCCCGACGCAAACCCUGACGACGAUGCCCCCAUGGAGGAGGGGGGAGAUGAUGAUGAUAGAGGUGAUGAUGAUGACGGAGCCGACGCCCCCGCCCUCCUGGACGUGCCCGGGGCCCAAAGUCAAAGGGCUUCCGGGGCCCAAACUUCAAGGCCUCGACUGUGGGGAGCAACCACGUCCAGGAGGCAGUCAGGUAUUUUUAACCCUCCUUUUUUUCCAUCAGACUCCCCAGCGCCGGAAGGAGGCCGCACAGAGGACGCACCCCCUGACACGCCCAUCUGCCCGGUGAUCAUUAUGGUGACUCAACCAACUCCGCCCGAGGAGGGGGUUACCGAGCAGAACGGGGCUCAGGAGGAGGAGGUGGAGGAGCAGCAUGAGCCGGACGACGACGGCCCAGGGAUGCAAGGAACAACGGACGCCGCCAUGCACGCCGAUCUCUCGGACCCCCCGCCCGACGACGACGACGAGGACGACUCGUCUCCACCGCACCCCCCGGUGGUGUCGAGCGCGCCCCCGCCGCCGUCGUCGGGCUUGGGGGCCCGAGGGACCCGCGUGCGCCGGCAGGUGCAAUUGUACCAGGCGCCCGCCGACUCCCUGCGCCGCCGCCCCCGGCUCCCGCCGCCCAGCCGCCGCCCCCGCCGUCGUGGAGACGUGCGGGAUAUCCGCAGGGUGCGGCCCUCCCCGAGUCCGCCUUCCAGCGAUUGA